AUGGAUAGAGCUGAGACUCGGCAGCGGAGGCUGGAAGGCAUUGAUAAGCCAGAGAAGCCGGGCCUGCCACAAGUCCUCAGCCCAGGAAGCCCAGCUUCAGAAGAUGCACCUUGGAAUGUUCCUGAGAGCCAGUGGGUGGCUUACAAACAACUGGGCACUGAGCCCAGCGGGGAGACCACUGUGUCGAUUGGGGUUCAGGUGACUCUUCCCUUCACGUUUGCAGGCCUGGGACUGUCUAUGGCCGGUGUGCUUUUGAACUAUUUCCAGCACUGGCCUGUGUUUGUGGAGGUAAAAGACCUUAUGACCUUGGUGCCACCCCUGGUGGGCCUGAAGGGGAACCUGGAGAUGACGCUGGCCUCACGACUGUCCACAGCUGCCAACACUGGACAAAUUGAUGACCCCCAAGAGCAGCAGAGAGUCAUCAUCAGUAACCUUGCUCUCGUACAGGUACAGGCCACUUUCAUCGGGCUGCUGGCUGCUCUGACUGCCCUGAUGCUGGGAGCUGUGUCCAGGGAGGAGCUGGACUUAGCUAAGGUGGGGCUGCUGUGUGCCAGCAGCGUCCUCACUGCCUUCCUUGCCGCCUUGGUGUUAGGAACAAUGAUGGUGUGUAUAGUGAUUGGGGCUCGGAAGCUUGGGAUCAACCCAGACAACAUUGCUACACCCAUCGCAGCCAGCCUGGGAGACCUCAUCACAUUGUCCAUUCUGGCGUUGGUUAGCAGCUUCUUCUAUAGACACAAAGAGAGUUGGUAUCUGACACUGCUGGUUUGUGUCACCUUUGUGGCUCUGACCCCAGUGUGGGGCAUCGUGGCGAAGCAGAGUCCAGCUAUAGUGAAGAUCCUCAAGUUUGGGUGGUUCCCCAUCAUCCUAGCAAUGGUGGUGAGCAGUUUUGGAGGGCUCAUCCUGAGCAAAACCAUCUCUGAACCACGGUACCAAGGCAUGGCCAUCUUCACGCCCAUCAUAUGUGGUGUUGGUGGCAAUCUGGUGGCGAUUCAGACCAGCCGGAUUUCUACCUACCUGCACAUUUGGAGCACACCUGGAGUCCUACCCCUAUGGAUGAAGAAAUUCUGGCCUAACCCUUGCUCUACUUUCUGCUCUUCAAAUAUCAACUCCAUGUCAGCCAGAGUCCUGCUUUUCCUGGUGAUUCCAGGCCAUCUGAUUUUCUUCAUCGUUAUCAACCUGGUAGAAGGUCACUCGGUCACAAGCAGCAAGACCUUUGUUGUGUUGUAUCUGCUUGCAGGCCUGAUUCAGGUGACGAUCCUACUGUACCUAGCAGAAGUGAUGGUUCGUCUGACUUGGCACAAGGCCCUGGACCCUGACAGCCACUGUAUCCCUUAUCUCACAGGGCUGGGAGACUUGCUGGGGACUGGCUUGUUGGCAAUUUGUUUCCUUCUGGACUGGCUAUUAAGGAGCAGCGCAGAGCUUGAUGGUCUCUCAGAACUGGUGUCUGUACCUCCCUAA